CAUGUUUUGACGUGUCGUUGUUUCCGGCUGUUCCGUCAUCACACUUUCGAACAUGGAGUCUAUUUUCCACGAAAAACAAGAGGGCUCUCUGUGUGCGCAGCACUGCUUGAACAACCUGCUGCAGGGAGAGUACUUCAGUCCCGUGGAGCUGUCGGCGAUCGCGCAGCAGCUGGAUGAGGAGGAGCGCGUGCGCAUGGCUGAAGGAGGCGUUCAGACGGAGGAGUACCGGACCUUUCUGCAGCAACCGUCGGGAAACAUGGAUGACAGCGGCUUCUUCUCCAUUCAGGUGAGUCACGUUUGAGGCACAGGGAAGCAGUUUAGUGGAGUGAUGCUGCCAGGACAGUAUGUGGACAUGGGAGAACACUGCAGCUGCACUACUUCUGAAUUCAUGUUCCUGGUCUUUUUGUGCAUGAUUUCCAAAGAAUAACAACAUGUUUGUCUUUCGUCAUACUUUAAAGACUCGCUCUACCUCUGAAACAGCUUAUUUUUCAUAAUGUACCCAUCUGAUGGUCUGAGUCUGGGUUGCGCUCAGUGUUUCAUGUCAGCUCUUCUGCACGGCUCUGGGCAAUGCUGUGAUGGAGUGAGC